GAGGCGCCCGGCCUCAGUCAGCGGUUCAGCGGCGCCGCACCGCCAACGGCGGCGAGUGGCGGGCGGCGCGGGUCGGGCGGGGGCUGCGGCGCGGCGGCCAGCGGUCCUGAGGGUUUGGCCCGAGAGGUCCAGUCUGCUCCCCGGAGGGCCCGGCCGCCCCGCCUCCCCCCCACCCACACCCUCCCAGCGCUCGGCAGGCGGCGGGCGCUCCGGGCACUGGCGGCGGCUGCGGCGUCACCCCCUCACUCGGGCCCGCCCCCUGGAGCCCCGCCCCGGCCCCGCCCUCCCGCCGCCCUCUGCGGGAGCCCGGCAGCUGCAGCCGAGCGGAGCGGGCGGCGGGCUCGGGGCGCGCGGAAUGUGAGGCUCGGCGGGCCGCGGUGCGCACCGACGCUCGGACCGGCGAGGGGCGCAGAACCCUCGCUGUCGCCCGGCGCCCCGGCCGGGGACUCGCCCUCUGGCUCGCCCUUGCGCGCUCCUCGCGCCCUCCAGCGCGCCGGCGGGACCAUGAAGAAGUUCUCGCGGAUGCCCAGAUCGGAGGGCGGCAGCGGCGGCGGACCGGCGGGUGGCGGGGCCGGCGGGGUCGGCGCGGGCUCUGGCUCCGGCAGCUCGUCCGUGGGGGUCCGGGUGUUCGCGGUCGGCCGCUACCAGGUCACCCUGGAGGAGUCACUGGCCGAAGGUGGAUUCUCCACAGUUUUCCUGGUGCGGACUCACGGUGGAAUUCGAUGUGCAUUGAAGCGAAUGUAUGUCAAUAACGUGUCAGACCUUAACAUUUGUAAAAGGGAAAUCACAAUUAUGAAAGAGCUAUCUGGUCACAAAAACAUCGUGGGUUAUUUGGACUGUGCUGUUAAUUCAAUUAGUGAUAAUGUGUGGGAAGUGCUUAUUUUAAUGGAAUAUUGUCGAGCUGGGCAGGUAGUGAAUCAGAUGAAUAAGAAGCUGCAGACAGGUUUUACAGAAUCAGAAGUGUUGCAGAUAUUCUGUGAUACCUGUGAAGCUGUUGCAAGGUUGCAUCAGUGUAAGACUCCGAUAAUCCACCGGGAUCUGAAGGUAGAAAAUAUUUUGUUGAAUGAUAGUGGAAACUAUGUACUUUGUGACUUUGGCAGUGCCACUAAUAAAUUUCUUAACCCUCAAAAAGAUGGAGUUAAUAUAGUAGAAGAAGAAAUUAAAAAGUAUACAACUCUGUCAUACAGAGCCCCUGAAAUGAUCAACCUUUAUGGAGGGAAACCCAUCACCACCAAGGCUGAUAUCUGGGCACUGGGAUGCUUACUCUAUAAACUUUGUUUCUUCACGCUUCCUUUUGGUGAGAGUCAAGUUGCCAUCUGUGAUGGCAGCUUUACCAUCCCAGACAGUUCUUGUUACUCCCAUAACAUGCGCUGCUUGAUAAGGUUCAUGCUUGAACCAGACCCAGAACGUAGACCUGAUAUAUUUCAAGUGUCACAUUUUGCAUUUAAAUUUGCCAAAAAGGAUUGUCCAGUCUCCAACAUCAAUAAUUCUUCUAUUCCUUCAGCUCUUCCUGAACCCAUGACUGCUAGUGAAGCAGCUGCUAGGAAAAGCCAGAUAAAAGCCAGAAUAACAGAUACCAUUGGACCAACAGAAACCUCAAUUGCACCAAGACAAAGACCAAAGGCCAACUCCACUGCUGCCACUCCCAGUGUGCUGACCAUUCAGAGUUCAGCAACACCUGUGAAAGUCCCUGUUCCUGGUGACUUAGGUAACCACAGACCUAAAGGGGCACUAAGACCUGGAAAUGGCCCUGAAGUUCUCCUGGGUCCAGGCCCGCCUCAGCAGCACAGGGUCCUGCAGCAGCUGCAGCAGGGGGACUGGAGGCUACAGCAGCUGCACUCCCAGCAGCACCCGCAGCAGCAGCAGCUACUUCCAGAUGCCUACGUGCAGCAGUACCAACAUGCAAUGCAGCAGCAGCAGCAGCAGAUGCUUCAGCAGCAGUUUUUAAUGCAGUCUGUGUAUCAGCCGCAAUCUUCUACAUCACAGUAUCCUACAAUGAUCCAGCAGUACCAGCAGGCUUUCUUGCAGCAGCAGUUGCUAGCUCAGCAUCAGCAGCCUCAGCAACAGCCCUCGCCGGAAUAUCUCACCUCCCCUCAGGAGUUCUCACCAGUCUUAGUUUCCUACACUUCGGCACUUCCGGCUCAGGGUGGAACCAUCAUGGACUCCUCCUAUGGUGUCAGUAGGCCAGUUGCUGAUAAAGAGGCUGUUGCAAAUUUUACAAAUCAGAAGAAUAUCAGUAAUCCACCCGACAUGUCAGGGUGGAAUCCUUUUGGAGAGGAUAAUUUCUCCAAGUUAACCGAGGAGGAACUGUUGGACAGAGAAUUUGACCUUCUAAGAUCAAACAGGCUCGAGGAGAGAGCAUCCUCAGAUAAGAAUGUAGACCCACUUUCUGCUCCACAUAAUCAGCCUCCAGAAGACCCCUUUGGUUCUGUUCCUUUCAUUUCUCACUCAGGUUCUCCUGAAAAGAAAGUUGAACAUUCAUCCUUGAAUCAAGAAAACAGCACUGCAAAACAUACCAAGAAUGGAAGGGAAAGUGCAGUAUCUAAAGAUCAGCAGACUAGGAAGAAACCCUCGGAGAAUUCAUCAGGACGGGGUCACAUUCAGAAGAAGAAGGAUGAAUCUGAGAGUGAUUUUGAAUCAGAUCCUCCUUCUCCUAAGAGCAGUGAAGAGGAAGAGCAAGAGGAUGAAGAAAUUCUUCAGGGAGAACAAGGAGAUUUUAAUGAUGAUGAUACUGAACCAGAAAAUCUGGGUCACAGGCCUCUGCUCAUGGAUUCCGAGGACGAGGAAGACGAGAAACACAGCUCUGAUUCGGAUUAUGAGCAGGCGAAAGCAAAGUACAGUGACGCGAGACCUGUCUACAGGGACACCCCUGGCAGUGGACCAACCCAGGAUCCCAGGACAACACUCCUCACCCCAACACCCUUGCCCUCUGAUGUUGGGGUAGAGACUCCCAGACAAGAGGAGUUUGAUGUGUUUGGCGCCGUCCCCUUCUUCGCAGUGCAUGCUCAACUGUCCCAGCAGGGAGAGAAUGAAAAGAAUCUUCCUCCACAGAGGUUUCCCGCCAUGGGACUUGAGCAAGAAGAGUUUGAUGUGUUCACAAAGGCCCCCUUUAGCAGGAAGGUGGACGUGCUGGACUGCCGUGCGGGGGGCUCGGAGGCACGUACAAUCCCUAGUUGUCCCAAAAGUGUAGACAUAUUUGGCUCCACUCCAUUUCAGCCCUUUCCCACGUCAACACGUAAAAGUGAAAGCAGUGAGGACCUUUUUGGUCUUGUGCCCUUUGAAGAAAUAACUGGGAAUCAGCAGCAAAAAGUCAAACAGCGCAGCUUACAGAAGCUGUCCUCUCGCCAGAGGCGCACGAAGCAAGACACGUCCAAGAGCAACGGGAAGCGGCAUCACGGCACGCCAACCAGCGCGAAGAAGGCUCUGAAGCCGGCCUACCGCACUCCCGAGAGGGCGCGCAGGCACAAGAGGGUGGGCCGCCGAGACUCUCAAAGCAGCAACGAAUUUUUAACCAUCUCGGACUCCAAGGAGAACAUUAGCGUUGCGCUGACUGAUGGGAAAGACAGAGGGAAUGUUCUACAACCCGAGGAGAGUCUGUUGGAUCCCUUUGGCGCCAAGCCCUUCCAUCCGCCAGACCUGCCACGGCACCCUUCCCUUCAGGGCCUGAGUGACAUCCGUGCGGAUCACAACACUGUCCUGCCUGGCCGGCCGAGACAGAAUUCACUACAUGGGUCAUUCCAUAGUACAGAUGCAUUGAAAAUGGAUGAUUUUGGUGCCGUGCCCUUUACAGAACUUGUGGUGCAAAGCAUCACUCCACAUCAGUCCCAACAGUCCCAACCAGUUGAAUUAGACCCAUUUGGUGCUGCUCCAUUUCCUUCUAAACAGUAGAUACUUCUGACGGAUUCUUGGCAUUAACUCCUGUUUCAAAAAAGUAUGAAUAGUUUUAUGAAUUUGAAAGAAAUUUUAUUUGUAUAGCUCUUUAUAUUGUUCAUUCUUAAACGUCAAUCAGAAUAGGUGAUUUUAAAAUAAACCAAAUAGAAAAAGGAAGUAUCUCUACAGGGUAGUAACUCGAUGCCUUUUCCAAGCAGGAGAAAGGGGAGCUCAAAUGCCAACUCGGACCCAGGGUUUCUGCUGCUGACAUCACAGCGCAGAAAUCCAGGAGCCUGAGAGCACACGGCACCUUUCUAGGGCUGUAGCCAGAGAAGGGGCAGGAAAACUACUGUUGCUUUUGAUACUGGAGCGUCACUUUUGGGUCCAGGCUCAUUCUACAUCUACAUUUAAAACUAGGGUUAUUUGUACACAGCACAGGUUGUGUUUGUGAAUUUUUUUUAAGGUCUCUUCUAACAUCCACACAGUCAAAAACAAUCUAGUUCUCUUAAAGAAUUGGAAAAUUAUUUUCUGCAGUGUACAGAGAUUUCAGUCAGUACACCUUUCUCUACAAAGCAGAGCCAGAGGGCGGCGCCUGUGGCUCAGUCGGUAGGGUGCCGGCCCCAUGUGCCGAGGGUGGCGGGUUCAAACCCAGCCCCAGCCAAACUGCAACAAAAAAAUAGCCGUGCGUUGUGGCGGGUGCCUGUAGUCCCAGCUGCUCGGGAGGCUGAGGCAAGAGAAUCGCCUAAGCCCAAGAGUUAGAGGUUGCUGUGAGCCGUGUGACGCCACGGCACUCUACCGAGGGCGGUACAGUGAGACUCUGUCUCUACCAAAAAACAAAAAAAAACAAAAAAAAAACAAAGCAGAGCCAGAAGUAACUGACUAUUGUGCCUAAAACUUUUCAUUUUUAAAAACAAGUGCCAUUAAUAUGUAAUAUCUAAUGAUAAGUAUAUGAGAUAAUGCAUAUAUUAGUUCCAUUUAGCCAUCCUCAUGUAUACGUAUUUCCAAACAUGCUGUACGUGAUAAACACAUGCAAUUUUUGUCAGUUAAAACAAAUCUAAAAAAAAUAGAAUGACUACAUAGAAGCCUAGAACAAAACAUAAUGACUUUUUAAAAAUGUAAAAGAAAAAAAAUAUGGAAGAAAAAAAUUCAGUAUUUUAGAAACUUUAUGCUCUGGUUGUGAAUGGCUUCUUGUCCAAAAUUUUUAUUAACAUCCCUAAUAAAGCAGAUAAUUAGAAAAAUGGGAGUGAGGACAAGGGUAAGAAAUUUUUUUUCAGGAGAAAAGCAUGUAGCUGAAACCCUGAAAUGUAAUACAUUUUGUGAAAUCAUGUUGUGUUUAAUAAUGUACCUAUUAAAUCUCCACCUUCACCACAUACUCCCCAAUUCGUAACAAGUUAUUUUAAUUUUUAUUAGGUGUGGAGGGUGGAGUAGUGUUAAUAAAGUACACAGAACAGUGAAACCCACAAAGCCUUAGAGGCAGGACUCAUGCAUCUUGGGGCAAGUUCCCCUGGCCUGGUAUGCCGGGUCUGAGCGCAGAUGUGAGGGGCUGUGCCAUGAAGGCCGCCAUCUCGCCCCUGCUAGCUGAAUGUCUGUACCGAAAAGAAUCCAGCUGCCAAAUUGCCUUUCUCUUUUAAAUACCACAAAUCCUAAUUACAAACUUGAGAUUUUAUAGAAAUUGUGUGUUAUGAUAAACAUAACAUAUGAAUUAAUGUGAAUAAAUUUUCUGUGUGUCCUGUGUCUAUAUUUUAGGUUAAAAUCAACUGUCCUUUGCUAUCAGAUUAACAUUUGGAAGUUUCUAGGUCUGUUAAAGCAAUUUACAAAAAGGGGCAGAAACUUUUAUCAUCUGGCAUUCUUUUUAAUUGUUAUAUUUUAAAUUAACUUUUUUAACGCGUAUUUUAUUAGUAGUCUCAUUAGAAUCUCUUAAUCCUAGUGCCCCAGUGGGAUAAGCUAUUUGCCUAUUUCAUAGUUCAGAAUUUGGAAAGAAGCAAAGUGUCUAUAACUAAACUAUUCUUAAUGCUUUUAAUUUUACACGCUAAAUAUGAUAUAAAUUGGAAGCAAUAUGUGAAUUACAGUGUAGCAGAGGCAGACAAAGCAUUACAUUACAACUUGGAGUUAUACUUUCAUUAGGUGAACUGCACCAAUUACUUAUCCUUGUGCCAAAGGCAGAUCCUACGUUUGCACCUUUUUCUUUGUGAUGCUCAGGUUGGUUGAUACUGCUAAUGCAAAUGUUUGCGUCCAUGUUCCUCUUAAAACUUUACAAAAUAGGUGCAAGUGAUUCUUUUAAAAGUGAAGAGUUUAUUACACGUAGUAAAUUCACAAACUACAGUAGGUUUGUAUCAGACAGAAAAAUUUACUUUUUAAAGCAAAUCUUGUUUUCUGAUAUGUACAGAAUGUUUUUCUGAUUUUUUAGUCCUUGGUCUUUGCCAGAGCUCAUGAGUUUCAUCAUUUACAAGGGGUAAUGGAUGAACUAAUAUGGUCUCCUCUGGAUAUACACGUGAAAUGCCUAGAGUUUUACAAUACACUGAAUAAUGCUAAAUGAUUCAGACACUGAUGUAGACCUUUUGGCUUACAAAGUUAGAUAAAUUCUUAAAAAACAACCAACGGAUUUUCCUUUUUCUCGAUUGUAGCUCAGAGGAAAGACUUGGAUUCAACUGGGAUUGUGUUGAAGUAGAGGCGUUUUCCCAAGGAGGAUAGACUCACAUUUUCUGUUUUCAAUCAUUGCCUCCCACCAUCAUGGUCAAGGUGUUGGUUACUGCACACAAGGGACAGGAAGGGGAUUCUCUUAUGAGUAUUAUGAGAACAAAGCUCCCCAGGCCUGUGAAGGCACUGAGCACAGCCCAUGGCACACAGCACUCAGUAACAUUUGGCUCUAUUAUGGAAUGGUCCAAUUUUGGAUCAAGGAAAAGUUGAAAAAAUUAUUUUCGUAAUAUUUGGUGUCCCCUGUGCUUCAUUACAAUAUAGUCAUAGCUCUAAACCUGUUACACUUGAACAUCACUAAGGGAAGUAAAAUAUUAUGAAGGUAGCAAAAAUCUGAGGCCAAAGUUGUUUCCUAACAGCUUUAAUAAUGCUUGCUGACUUUACAUAAUUUAAAAAAUGGACCAUUUGCUUAAUUAUUUCAAUAUUUUUACUUCAGUAAAAUGUUAGUAUCAAAAAGAUCAGCUUUUUGUGGCACUGAAGAAUGUAUUUGCUAAGACACAAAAAUUGGUUGGUAUAUAAUAGAUACAUGAAGUGGAUGAGGAAAGGUGAUAGGAUGGAUGAAAAUUUAACUGGCUAGAAUAUUUAUUUGGAAGUGUAAUUCUCUCCCCAAUACCCCACUUGCUGUGUAUGUGUGUAUUUGGGCAUAGUCAGGAAAUUAUGUGGAUUUGCAGAUAGACACAGCUUGCUGUGCUGCCCUGUCCGUUGCUGAACUGUGCAGCCUGUUGUCUUCGUGGAGGACACGAAGGUGGGCCACUCUGCUGUGCUGACCUGCACCAGGCAGAGCGGUCUCUCACUGUGCUGACCUGCACCAGGCAGAGCGGUCUCUCACUGUGCUGACCUGCACCAGGCAGAGCGGUCUCUCACUGUGCUGACCUGCACCAGGCAGAGCGGUCUCUCACUGUGCUGACCUGCACCAGGCAGAGCGGUCUCUCACUGUGCUGACCUGCACCAGGCAGAGCGGUCUCUCACUGUGCUGACCUGCACCAGGCAGAGCGGUCUCUCACUGUGCUGACCUGCACCAGGCAGAGCGGUCUCUCACUGUGCUGACCUGCACCAGGCAGAGCGGUCUCUCACUGUGCUGACCUGCACCAGGCAGAGCGGUCUCUCACUGUGCUGACCUGCACCAGGCAGAGCGGUCUCUCACUGUGCUGACCUGCACCAGGCAGAGCGGUCUCUCACUGUGCUGACCUGCACCAGGCAGAGCGGUCUCUCACUGUGCUGACCUGCACCAGGCAGAGCGGUCUCUCACUGUGCUGACCUGCACCAGGCAGAGUGGUCUCUCACUGUGCAGUUUCUCUGCUUGGUUUCUUUCAGGUUUUGGUACUUCAUGCAACCACUGUUAGGAGGUACAAGUAUUUUUAAUAUCACUAUUUCUGAAGAGUUUGGGUACAUUUACUUUAAUAAAUAUUUAGAACGUGCAGUGAACUUUUUCUACUUUUUAGCACAAGUCUUUUAUCACUUUAGGUCCAAUUAUUGAGUUGACAGUCUACUGUGAGAAUAAGAUGACUUAUCUACUGUGAGAAUAACAUAAAUGAAUAGUUUAUUUGAAAAGUUUUAUACUCAGUGGUGUUUUAUAUAUUAAGAUAAAAAUAUAUACACAUAUGCAUGCAUUUAUCACAUCUCUCUACCGUGAGGUAAUGUGAAUUUUUAGAAAAUGGAAUUGCAACUACAAUCAUGUCUAAAAGAACAAUUUACUCCUAGGGAGAGUUUACAAAAGCCACUAAAAGAAUAAGGUAGAUGAAAAUACAAAGGUUCAUCAUUUGGGGUUAUUUUUAUUUUAAAGUUUAUAGUGCUCCUUCUGAAAGAGAAUUAUUUUUAUUACUAUGCUCUUCUGCAGUUGGAGUCAUCUAACAGAAGUGGAUGGAACCUACUUUUCAAUUGCUGGCAAACAGCUUUAAGUGCACUUUGAUUACACUUCUAUUUUUUGUAAAACUUGAAUUUUCUGAGGCCUUUUAUGUACCACUAAGCAAAUAACUUUAACCUUUAAACUGAAUUUACAUCAUUAUU